AUGUUACUCUGGCUUAAUGGGGAAAGCAACUUACAAAGUGUUGAAAUUGUUGAUGAAUUCAUCUGUGUCGAGCUAUCCAAUCCACAGAAAUUUCCAUCUCUUUAUAAUGUCGUCACCAAGUACAUGAUCCAUGGUCCCUGUGGUCGACUUAGACCGAGUUCUCCUUGCAUGAAAGAUGGUAAGUGCUCAGAACUUUAUCCAAAAAGAUUCAUUGACCAAGCGAGUUUUGAUGAAGAUGGGUAUCCAAUAUAUAGACGUCAUAAUAUGGGUGUCACAGUGAAGAUUAACGAUGUCGAUAUUGACAACAGAUUUGUUGUGCCAUAUAAUCCACUGUUGUUAAUGAGAUAUCAAGCUCACAUAAAUCUCGAGUUCUGUAACAAGUCAAACGUCAUUAAGUAUCUUUUUAAGUAUGUUAAUAAGGGUCCGGAUCGGGUGACUGCAACUGUUGGAGAAAGAUAUAAUGUUGGUGAAUCUUCUCAGGUGGUAGAUGAGAUCAAACAGUAUUAUGAUUGUCGUUAUUUGUCACCGUCUGAAUCCAUGUGGAGAAUUUUUGCUUACGAUAUUCAUCAAAGAUGGCCGUCGGUACAGAGAUUUGCUGACGAUAUUUACGGGUUGGAUGAUGGCCAACAGGCAGUUCCCGGAGAGGCGAGAAGUUGUACCAGUUUUCGAAGUAUAAGAACUGUGAAUGGUGUUACUUAUAAUACAUUUCAAGAGGCAUGUUCUACCAUGGGUUUCUUGAUAGAUGAUAAGGAGUAUGUUUCUGCUAUUAAGGAAGUCACCGAGUUAGCGUCAGCUGCACAGCUAAGGAGGCUUUUUGUGAUGUUGCUGCUAUCUGGUUCCAUGGGAAGACCUCUGUCAGUUUGGGAGCAAACUUGGGCUUAUUUGUUUGAUGAUAUUCUUUAUUGCAGUAGACAUGAGCUGCAAUAUCCUGAUCUAACUAUGAGUCUGGAUGAGUUACAAACGUUUUGUUUGUUGGAGAUUGAGAAACUAUUACAGAGUAAUGGAAAAUCAUUGAGAAAUUAUGCUGGCAUGCCGGUUCCUGAUAACUCUUUAGUCUCUCAAUUUAGCAAUUUGAUGCUACUGCGUGAGUUGCAGUAUGAUACUGUUUCUUUGUCUCGUGAGCACGAUGCAAAUAUCUUAAAGUUAAAUGAAGAACAGAGGGUGGUCUACGAUAAAAUUAUUGACUGUGUUUUGAGUAAGAGGCAUGGAUUCUUUUUUGUGUACGAAUUUGGUGGCACUGGAAAAACUUUUUUAUACAGAGUUUUGUCAGCUAGAUUGCGAUCUGAGAAAAAGAUUGUUAUAAAUGUUGCUUCUAGUGGUAUUGCUUCUCUGUUGUUAGCUGGUGGUAAGACGACGCAUUCUAUGUUCAAUAUUCCUGUUGAGCUGACUGCAGAUACUGUUUGCCGGAUUAAGAAGGAUAGUCCAAAAGCUGAGGUAUUUCGAUUGGCCGAUUUGAUUAUUUGGGAUGAGGCACUGAUGACUAACAAAUUAGCAUUUGAAGCGCUCAAUAGGACGUUGCGUGAUAUAAUAGUUUCGGUCUGUAAUAGGAAUAAAGAUUUACCUUUUGGUGGGAAGGUGGUCGUUCUGGGUGGUGAUUUUAGGCAGGUCUUGCCAGUUAUUCCAAAAGGUUCGCGUACCGAGAUUGUGAUAGCUUCCAUAAAUUCUUCUGUCGUUUGGAAAUAUUGCAAAGUUUUGCGACUGACAAAAAAUGUGAGGUUAGCAAUCGGAUCGAAACAAUCAACUGCUCAGGAGUUAAGGUCGUUUUCAGAUUGGAUACUUCAAAUCGGUGAAGGUCGAUGUGGAACAGUGGUCAACGAUAAACUUUUUGUUGAUAUUCCUUCUGAUCUAAUCAUUUCUGUCUUGGAAAAUCCAGUGGAAGAUAUUGUAAAUACAAUCCAUCCGAAUUUGGUUAAGAAUUUUCGUGAUCCAAGUUUUUUCCAAGAUAGGCCAAUACUCGCUCCGACUGUCGACAAUGUUGAAGAGAUAAACAAUUAUAUAAUUAGGUGUUCUGGUCUACCUAAUCAUUCGUUGAAGUUGAAAAUAGGCGUGCCUAUUAUUUUGUUGAGGAAUAUUGAUCCGGCUGGGGGUUUGUGUAAUGGGACUCGACUUGUUGUGCAAGAUCUAGGGACAAAUGUGAUCGGUGCAGAUAUUGUUUCUGGUAGCAAUGUUGGGGACAAAGUUUUUAUCACCAGAAUGAAUAUGAUUCCCAGUGAUACGGUUAUACCGUUUAAAUUCCAACGCCGUCAAUUUCCAGUUUCUCUGUCAUUUGUGAUGACAAUCAACAAAAGCCAGGGUCAGACAUUAUCAACAGUCGGUUUGUUCUUGCGUCGUUAUGUGUUUUCUCACGAUAAACUUUAUGUAGCUCUUUCCCAAGUUAGGAAUAGAAAUAGUCUUAAGAUUUUACUUUGUGAUGAAGGAUUAGUUGAUGCAGCUAGGACUGAAAACAUUGUAUUUAAGGAAGUUUUUUAUAAGAUAUAA